CAGCGUUCCAUUAGCGUUCCAAUCGGAGCACAUGCCAGCGGAAAGUGCACUUUUCACGUGCAAACCAAAGCACGAACCAUAAAUGGUCGGCAAAGAAGUGCAGUGUAAGCAGUAGUAAAUCCAAUGCUUUUUUUUUGCUGUCCUUUUCAACUCCAUUUAGUUAAGCUUGGCGUAAAGUACAUCGGGUGAAUUUAAGCUCCAUAUUAACCUUUUGAAAAGUAGUCGCGUCCGCGAGGAUUACGGUUUCGAUAAGCCGGAGUGGAGCAGAAUUUCUCGGUAGAACACUAUUGGAAGUAAAUCCGGCAGAGCGUCGCUCCAUGCGGUCCUAGUAGCCAACACCGCCGUAUCCUAGCGACAUCCUGGAGUGAGACAAUAAGCACAGUUCAAACACAUAUUCAAGCCCCCCGCCCGUACACCGGUAAACGCUUUCUCUGUGUGCGUGAGUGUCUGUUUGAAGGGUUUACUAAGCAGCUGCGGAAAGUUCCCAGCCGUCAUUAUCAAUAUUGCAUAGGCUUUGCAUGUAUACUUCCUGCCACGGGGUAGGCCUGUCCCACACGCAUACACACAACUACGUGCACACAUACGUCCCAAAUCCACACAAAGGACCACAGCAUAAGGGGCAAUUCAUUACGAGCCUCGCCAGCCGCAUCAGUCGCCGUCCAGUGCUGGUCGUUGUAAGAUGGCCGCAAAAGGAAAUUCCGCCGACCGGAACGCACCCGAGCUGAACCGUGUGUUGAGUUUUUAUCGCAAUUCCACUAUCCUGCUGACGGGUGGGACAGGGUUUCUCGGCAAGGUGCUGCUCGAGAAGAUACUGCGCUGCCUCGGUGUGCGGAAAGUGUUUCUAGCGGUGCGGAUUAAGGAUGGUCGCAAGCCGGCCGAACGAUUGCAGGAACUGCUCAAGGAUGCGCUGUUCGAUAGGCUGCGGCAGGACGCCACCGUCGAGCAGCUGCUCGAACGUGUCGAACCGGUCGAAAUUUCGCUCGAAGCGGGCGACGGGCUCGGGCUAGGAAUGGAUGAAACGACCGAAACCCGCCUACUCCAACAGACGGACAUCAUCUUCAAUGUGCUAGCGUCGGUGAAGUUUAACGAAAGCAUUAAGAAUGCCGUCGACACGAAUGUCGGCGGUACGCGUCGAGUGUUGCAGCUGGCGCGACGCAUGCAACGGCUAAAAGCGGUCGUGCACGUGUCCACCCUGUACUCGAACUGCGACCGGACACACAUCCGCGAGCGUGUGUACGAUGAUACGCUGCUACGACCGGAAGCUGUACUAAAUCUGUCGAAGCUGCUGUCAGCCGACGAGAUGGACGGGUUGCAACACUGUCUGCUCGGCUCGCUGCCCAACACGUACACGUACAGCAAAAAGUGUGCCGAGUCGCUAAUUCAGCAGCACUUUUCGGACUUGCCAGUUGGCAUUUUUCGGCCUCCAAUAGUCCUCUCAACGUACCGCGAACCGAUCGCGGGCUGGACGGACAAUCUGAACGGCCCGGCCGGACUGUGCCUGUGGACGGUGAAGGGUUACGUGCGCAUCAUCCACGGCAAUGGGCGCAAAAAGGCAAAUCUCGUCCCGGUGGACUACUGCGUGAAUGCGCUGCUGGUGGCGGGCUUUGAUGUGGCCGACCGAUCGAUGGCGCGGGACCCAGCGCAGGAUAGUCGGUCGGGCUGGGAAACGGUGCAACCGGUGCCGGUGUACAACUAUCUGUACGACCGGCCCAACCUUACGUGGGGCCGGUACAUGGGCACGGUGUCGAUGGGAUUUGACGGCUGGAUCAAGCGACUCUGCUGGCCUCAUUCGUACACAAUUGUCCCGAACAGGGCCCUGUUCCGGGUGCUUUCCCUCUGCUGCCAUACCGUACCGGCCUGGCUGCUGGAUUUUGUCCGUCAGCUGCGCGGUAAACGGCCCCUCUACCGGCGAAUGGCAGCCAAGACGAACCGAUUCCUCGAAACGAUGGCCUACUUCGGGCUGCGGGAGUGGCAAAUAGCGAACGAAAACGUGGUUCGCUUGCGGACGCUGCUGACGCCCACCGAAGCGUCCCUGCUCGAGUUCGAUCUGUCCACCGUCGACUGGGACGAGUACUUCCAGGCCUACAUACCCGGCAUACGGCGCUACUACUUGGGCGAGCUGCCGGCUGCCCGGGAUCGCACCAACCCGGCCCAACCGCUGGCCUGGAAUCGGAGGAUACAGUUUCUGUGCCGACUGCUGCACCGGCUGAUGUGGGUUUUGAUCUGCUUAAAGUUGGGCCACCGACUGUACGUGCGGCGCAAUUUAUUUUCGAUUUUGAUCGCAUAACGACGCAACCAGUCGGGCAGGCAGGCAGGCAGGACACACGUGACCUCGGGACGUCGUAUGGACGAAGAUGAUGCUAUACGGUGUCGAGGGAGUACAUACAUGUACAAGCUGUGGACAGAAAUUGUUCAUCGAGUGAAUAGAUAUGGACGGUUGCUAGAAAUAUAGUAUAGAUAUGAGAAAAUGGUGCAGAAAAUUGUUUUUGUUUCCUAGAAAUGGUUUGUGAAAAGAGUGAAGUAUAUUAUUUUAUUCUUUAUUCUUGUUUACUGGUUCAAGGCAAAGGGAGUUUUCUCAUUGCUUUCUUCAGCCUCUGUAUUAUUUUUAUUAUUUUGUUUAUCUCUUUUCCCACCGUUUCUCUUUUUUUAACUAUUAUUUAUUUAAAAUUUGAUUAUUAAAAAUCGUUUAAUAUUUAUUAGUUUUUAUCUUCGUUUUACAUCGGUUUUGUUCAUUUGUCUAUCAAUAUUUUUUUAUAUUAUUUGAAUAUAAAUGUGUCUGUCUAAAGGACUUUUAUUUUAGAUGUUCAGGGAGCUGUCUUAAUUAAUGUCUAUUUGUUUUUGUCAAUUAUUAGCUCUUACAUUAUUUUUUCUUAUGCAAGUUUUGUAAUGUGUUAAUAUCUUUUUUGUAAAUUUUCUAUUUAGAAAAAAAAUGCAAUCAUAUAUAUCGUUGAAAUGCUGGUCAGUUUUACAACAAUCAAAAAAUCACAGCAAUAUGUUCAACUAUAUCCUAUUUCCAAACCAAAUCAAAAUGACAUUUACUCCAAUAAACAAACUCUUAAACCAUGAUCCAUGAUUCAUGCGAUGCGCUCACGGUUCAUCGAACGGCCAAUCAAUCCUCGAUUGGAAGCGUCACCAUCUCUCUCAUUUAUUUGUGACUCCACUUGCGAAUAAUAAACAAGUUUAUGGUUCAAAA